AUGGCGGAUGUCGACAUGGCAGACGCGCCCCCGGCGAAGACCAAGACCGGCAAGGCCAGUGCCGCAGAGGGCGACAAGAAACGUUUCGAGGUCAAGAAGUGGAACGCCGUUGCUCUCUGGGCUUGGGAUAUCGUCGUCGACAACUGCGCCAUUUGCCGUAACCACAUCAUGGACCUCUGCAUCGAGUGCCAGGCCAACCAAGCCUCCGCCACCAGCGAAGAAUGCACAGUCGCCUGGGGCAUCUGCAACCACGCCUUCCACUUCCACUGCAUUUCACGAUGGCUCAAGACCAGACAAGUCUGCCCGUUAGACAACCGAGACUGGGAGUUCCAAAAGUACGGCCGAUAG